UAUUGUAGGAUUUUACUUAUAUGAGGCACCCAGAAUAGGCAAACUCAUACAGACAGAAAGUAUAAUAGAAGUUACCAGGGGCUGAUAGAAAGAAUAGUGGGGAUUAUUGUCAAAUACAGUUUCCAUUUGGGAUGACGAACAAAUUCUGGAAAUGGAUAAUGAUGAUGAUUUGCACAACAUUGGGAAUAUAAUUAUUGCCACUGAACUGUAUGAUUAAAAGUGUUAAAAUGGUGUUAAAAGGAUUCUGUUCCUGCUUACAAUUUCGAAAGCAGCAGAAGCAUAUCACUCCUACCCUAAGAAUGAGAAAAACCUGAAUAAUCUAUAAAAUCAUAAUUUUUUGGACCCACCAGAAAGCUGAAGUCACAAGGCAAACUGAGUCACAAAAUAUACUGAUUCAAAAGGGUAACAAGCUCCUCCAAGAAGAAAUGGAUCACAUGAAUUGCUUCAACUUUGGAAGAAGAGGUGGCACUUGUAAAAGCUGGUAAGCAGGACUGGAUUUGAGCGAAUGCGUGUGUGGGCAUCAUCCAAUUGGUUGAGAGAUUGAUAGAACAAAAAGAUUGGAGAAGGUUGGAUUCCUAGCCCUGUCAGAUCCUAUUUCAAGUUUAGAUAUGUUCUUUGUCCUGGAUGUUUUUGCACUCGUUUUUAUCAUUAAAGACAUUACGUUAAAAUAUUACUCUGGAUUCCUGAGAUUUUUGGCACCCCUUUACAUUUUGCAAUGGAAACAAGUGCCUCUCUCAUCUCACCCCAGUUCGGGCCUUGCAGGGCACCUUUAUAGAGAAACUGAUUUUGUUCACCAAAUAAAACGAAGCUAGUCUUUGCCCCAGCAGUUUUGCUUUCCCAGGUAAGGAGAGAUCAGAUAUAAAAUGUAGACGUGCUCUGGAUUUAUUCUUGGUUGAGGAUUGCACCAGGCAGCAGCAACAAAACGAUUUUGAUUUGCUGAGUCCGAAUCUAAUUGAUCCACACAGGUUUCCCUAUUGCUCGCUAUGCUUAGGUCUGGCGUGGCCCACUGGUUUCUGACAGGGUGGCUUUUAUUUUGGAAGUCUGAGGACGCACUGGACGGUCGCCACAUGGGGAUUUCUGGUUGAGCAGUUUUCAGAAAAUGAAAUCAGUUCCUUCGCACUUUUCCUGGGAGCAUUUGCUGAGCGCUAGAAAAGUUCGCCUUUCUAGGCCCAGAUCGCAUAAGGGGCAAGCAAAGCGUCAAAACAGCGCCCCCUGUCGGCGGCGAAGUCAUGGCGGCCCGCGGACCGGCGGACCCCUGGGCGUACCCGCUGUCCGGAUGCACAGGCCCAGGGGCCCCACGACCGCGGGUGUCGGGACCGUGGGCUCCACUCAGGAGCCCACCGAAUCCUUCGGCCUUACCAGGCGGGGGGUCUUCUUCCCAGUCCGCGGAAGCCAGGUCCGGGAGACGGCGGGGCUCGCUGUGCCUCCGGACCUACACUCUGCUCCGGGGCCCGAUCUCUGCAAAGCGUCCACUUUGGAAAGAAGUUUCACUUGCAGGGAAGGCGUGUGUACACAAUGAUGGUCUGUGUGUCCGGGAUGUGAAUGCCAACCAAGACUGCGUCCGUUGGUGGAGUGUGCGCGGGUCCUCCGUGAGGGUGCUUCUGGCAGUCACAGUUCACGAGUUAGCGAGAAGAUGGCUGGGAGGCGGCGAGCCCCCGCCCCCGGGGCGCGCAUUUCGAACUCCAUAGAGCAAACAAAGGCUCCCAGAAGUUCUCCCGCUUGCUGGCUCUCAGUUUUGGUCCUGUGCCAGGAAGGCAGCCUCCAGGCAGCGCCACUCAGGUCUGCCCUGGAGAGCAGUCCAGACCCGGCCACACUCAGUGAGGUGGAAGUGCGCCUCCUGCUGGCUGCACUGGUGCAGGACUAUGUGCAGAUGAAGGCCAGUGAGCUGGAGCAGGAGCAGGAGCAGGAGACAGCUCCAGAGUCCUGGGGCUGUCUAAGGAACUACGGUGGGAUAGAGAGUGUUAUGGGUUGAAUUUUGUCCCCCUCAAAAAGGUACCAUUGUCUUCUAAAAGAACAGCUGAGGAGUUCAACAUGAAGGAGGAAGGAUAUGUCAUUCUUUGCAGUGACACAAUCAGAAAAGGUACUGCUCCCCCACCUAAAUAUGAGGGAUAAAUGAUUUUCAGAAGAGACAGGAGAAGAAGGGACAAAUGUCCUGGUCCUUGUCUCCUUGUCAACAAAAGAUGUACUGGUAUCCUUUGAAAGGGGACAGAGAGGAUGCCAGCUGAACUGGGAGCACUAAGUUCUCUGCUUUGUGAAAAUGCAUCUGCAAUGAACUCCUGGUCUUUGUCUGGAGGCCCAUCUUUCUGCAAGUUGUCAGCAGAAGCUUUGCAAUGUGGCUACUUGGUGAGUUCACAUACAGCCCAACCCAUAAUUCUGAUGGAGCCUGAAAAUCAGACCUGAAAAGUUCUCCUCAGAGGAUGCCUCUGAAGUGAGAGGCAUGAAAAAAGAGGUUAACCUUCAGGUAGGUCCAGCCAAUAUUUUAACAAAUAUUCAAUAAAUAAUUUGGUUGGAAGGUAAAUCAAUUGAAUAUGCAUAGAGAAAUGUAUUAUGUCAAGUAGUACGUACAAUAAAUACAUAAAAUGCAUUUGUUUAGAGGGGUUAUAAAAUUAUAAUUAUAUGGCGAUACAUGUUUGGAAAUAUUCUGUAUUAGUAGAAAUAGAAUGAACCAAGUAAGUACUUUUAUUAAAAUAUAUGAGGAGCAGGU